CCCAACGGCCGUUCUGCUGCCGCUGCCAUCAUGAAAGCCUGUGUCCCUUUAAUAGUGGCUAUGCUCUGUGGCCUAACCUGGGCUGGAAACCUGGAGUCGUGCGCAUCUCGCUGUAAUGAGAGAUUUAACCGGGAUGCUGUCUGCCAGUGUGAUCGCCGGUGCCCCCAGCAUGAUGACUGCUGUGACGACUAUGAACAUCUGUGCACUGAUGAAGAAGGCCCCCCAGAGCCAAAGGCACUCCUGGAUCCGGAGGAUGAGAUCCCAGCCAGCUACCUGUACUCCUCACCAAGCUCCUGCCAGGGCCGCUGCCGGGAAACCUACGACAAACACCAUCCUUGCCACUGCAAUGACCGCUGCCUAGAGUUUGGGAACUGCUGUGAGGAUUUUGGCAACCUGUGUGGUGACCAUGAGGGUUUCUCCCACAGCAGCGAUGCCAUCACCAAGGAGGAGCUUAAGAGUAUCUCCGAGACCAUCUACAGGGUAGACAUCAAUAAAGCCCAGAAGAAAGACAUUGUCCUCAAUAGUCAAAACCAGAUCUCCCCGGCAGAGACAGGAAACCAAGUGGAUCGAUGCCCAGAGCCGCUCUUCAAGUAUGUCAACGAGAAGCUCUUCUCCAAGCCUACCUAUGCGGCCUUUAUCAACCUACUCAACAAUUACCAGCGGGCCACAGGCCACGGGGAGCACUUCAGUGCCCAACAGCUAGAAGAGCAGGUUGUUUUCCUCAGGGAGGUCAUGAAGACAGCUGUCAUGAAAGAGCUUUACAGCUUUCUCCGUCACCAAAACCGUUACGGCUCCCAACAGGAGUUCGUGGAAGAUUUGAAGAACAUGUGGUUUGGGCUCUACUCAAGAGGCAAUGAAGAAGGGGAUUCGAGUGGCUUUGAACAUGUCUUCUCUGGCGAGGUGAAGAAGGGCAAGGUCACUGGCUUCCAUAACUGGAUCCGCUUCUACCUGCAAGAGAAGGAGGGUUUGCUUGACUAUUACAGUCACAACUACGACGGGCCUUGGGAUUCCUACCCAGAUGUCCUGGCCAUGCAGUUCAACUGGGAUGGCUAUUACAAGGAAGUGGGCUCAGUCUUCAUUGGCAGCAGCCCUGAGUUCGAGUUUGCCCUUUACUCUCUGUGCUUCAUCACCAGGCCAGGCAAAAAGUGCCAUUUGAGCCUGGGGGGCUAUCCUUUGGCUAUCCAGACCUACACCUGGGACAAGACCACCUACGGGAAUGGCAAGAAGUACAUUGCCACAGCCUAUGUGGUGUCUUCUACCCAAUAGAACUAGCAGCCAGCUGGGGAAUGAGAGUAGAGGGCCAAGCAGGAUCUGGGUGCUCUUUGCUCUUUACUGGGGAGGGGAGGGAGGAGCCUCGGAGGAAUCCCAGAGCCCAGUUUUAUAAAAGGAAUCUCAAAUCUAGAAAUGCCCACUUGGGAGAGGAAAAAAAAGAUAUGAUUAGAAAAAUGCAGGGAACCAGCCUGUGUUUUGGCAACAUGAACUAGGAAAUAGAGCUCUCUCUGCCUAGAGAAAGGAGCAGCCUUCGAGAGCUCUUUAACAUGUCGUGGGGCCAUGAGCAAAGUCCUGGGCCUCACACUUCCCUCUAAUGUGAAGGGGAGGGGUCUUCCCCUCUUCCUCCUUGGGGCUUGGGGAGGGAGUGAGGCUGAUGGUAUUAUGACUGUGAAUCAUCUUUGGUUGUUCGUAGGGAGAACAGGUAGUAGAAAUUCAGGGUUACAAAAUGGCCGUUAGUGCACACUCUCUGCAGCUGUGACUCAGCCUGUGUUGGGUCCGAAAGAAGCGGGUGAAUCUUAGAGAAUCACUCAGCACUGCAGAGUCAUGGGUUGGGUGGUUAAGUGGGCUAGGGCAGGUGGUUUUCUCAAUCCUAAAUGUCUGUGUGGCCAACUUAGCAGCUGCUUCUAGAAGUUUCCCCCGCUUGCAGAUGUUCGGUGAAGUUACAGACAUGUGUUUGAUCCCACAGUGUUUUGUUUCGUUUCAAAAGAAUUCCCCUCAUAGGACGGAGGAUGGGUGAACAUCAAAGGGAGAAAAGAAUCUGUAACUUGGUGUCAUUGACAAUUAUACUAAUGUUUAUCCAGCUGCCACAAUUUGAAACAUUCUGGGCUGGAAGAAGAGGGACCCUGGGGUUUCUAUUUCAACCCGGAAUGACAUAUUUAUUCCCCCCUGAUGUUCAGCAGUCAGAUGUGGCCCCAUAGAGCCAGGCUUGUACCACAGCUCAGAGGCGUCAAGUUUCCGAUUAAAGCCACUGGAGAAAACCUGAAA